AAACUACAUCUACCCAAAAAAAAAAAAACAAAAGGCUUAAACUUGACAAAACUCAUCAAAUUUGCUGCUUUUGAAGAAUGAAGACAUGUCAAUUGCCUCGCCACUCAGCCAAAAUUCCUGAUUUUUAGGCUUCAUCUUCAUCUUCUCGAACACGCCAUCUGUUGUAUUGCAACCUCAUCUUCUUCUUCACUUCGCGCGCUUACUCACUCCAUGUCUCUACUUCUCCCAAGCACUUCAGCUCAAUGGGCUGCAAACAAAUCAAGUAAAGUUCAAUGUUUGUACAGAGUGGUAGACACAGAUCACACAAUAUCUGAAUGGGCUGGUUUUAGGAAGACUUUUUUGCAAUGUACAGAGUUUGAAAAUAGAAAUAGUAAUAGUUAUAGGUAUUUAAAGGUUCGAAAGCAUAGUUUAUUUUCUCAUAAACCAAAAAAGGCUCGGAACAUCUUUCUAUUCGCAUCUGCUGAUGAUGGUGUGACAGUCAAUGGGAGCCCUGAAGCUAGCACAAGUAAAGAUGUCGAGGCAAUGAGAAUUAGUCUAGAUCAAGCCCUAAAGAACGAGGACUACAAAAAUGGGCUUGUCCAAUCUUUAUAUGAUGCAGCAAGAUUUUUUGAGCUAUCAAUCAAGGAGCAAAGCUCACUGUCAAAAAUGUCCUGGUUUUCAGCAGCCUGGCUUGGUGUUGACAAAAAUGCAUGGGCGAAGACACUAUCAUAUCAGGCUUCUGUAUAUGCUUUGCUGCAAGCCGCUAAUGAGAUCUCAUCGCGCAGGGAUGGGAGGGACAGGGAAAUAAAUGCUGCUGUUCAGAGAAGUUUGUUACGGCUUUCAGCUCCUUUGGAGAGUGUAAUCAGGGAGAAGUUAUCUGGCAAGCAGUCUGUACUUUUUGAAUGGUUUUGGUCUCAAAAAAUUCCAGUUGUGGUAGCAACUUUUGUCGAUCAUUUUGAGAGGGACCCACGCUUUAGGGCUGUUACCUUGUCUGGCAAUAGAACGACACCAGGAUCAGGUACUGCCAGUGAUAUAUCACUCCUUGUGCUGGCUUUGGUAUGUACUGCUGCAAUAUUAAAGCUUGGACCAGCCAAGAUUUCUUGCUCACAGUUCUACUCCAUGAUCCCUGAUAUAACUGGUAGUUUGAUGGAUGUGCUAGUUGGUACUAUUUCUAUACAUGAAGCUUACCAUGCAGUAAAGGAAAUUGGUUUACCCAGAGAAUUCUUGGUGCAUUUUGGACCUCGAGCCGCAUUCUGUGGAGUAACAGAUGAUUGCGAAACAGAUGAAAUGGUGUUUUGGGUGGAUCUUGUGCAGAAGAAGUUACAAAGAGCUAUAAGUAGAGAAAAACUGUGGUCAAGACUCACCACAUCUGAAAGCAUUGAGGUAUUGGAGAAGGACCUAGCAAUAUUUGGAUUUUUUGUUGCCCUGGGUAGAAGUACAAAAUCUUUCCUGGCCGCAAAUGGUUUUGAUAAAAUUGCUGUACCAAUUGAGGGUUUCAUCAGAUACCUUGUUGGGGGAUGUGUGUUGUAUUAUCCACAGUUCUCUUCAAUAAGCUCUUAUGAACUUUAUGUUGAGGUAGUCUGUGAAGAGUUGGAUUGGUUUCCUUUCUAUCCUGGUUACAGUAACGCCAUCAAAGGCUCACCUGGGCAUAAUAACAAAUCUAAAUCGCCUCCAAAUCCAGAAGCUGUACCACAAGCGCUAGAUGUUUGCUCACGUUGGAUCCGAGUGUUUAUUAAACACAGUAAGUGGGUUGAGAACCCUUCCAAUGUGAAAGCAGCAUGGUUUCUUUCAAAAGGACUUCACAAGCUUGGAAGUUCCAUGGAGGAACUGGGGCUGCUAAAGGAUGAAUUAUCCAGGAGUAAGAUUAAGAGAUCUGUUGAGAGAGUUGAAGCUAAUACUAGCUUUAGUUCUAGGGAGGACCCUUAUUCUUUUGACAAGGCACUGGAAAAUGUUGAAGAGGCUUUGGUCAGGUUGGAAACAUUGAUCCAAGAGAUGCAUGUAUCCAGCUCUGGUUCUGGAAAAGAUCACCUAAAAGCCGCUUGCUCUGAUCUUGAAAAAAUAAGGAAACUUAAGAAAGAAGCGGAAUUUCUUGAGGCAUCUUUUAGAGCUAAGGCGGCUUCUCUCCAGGAGGAAAAUGAUGAUGUUAAAUCAAUUUCCACUGGCGAUGGAAGCAGAUCUAUGAAAGGCAAAGAUGGUGCUCUUGUGCAGGAGAAGAACAACAGUAAUCCUCUUGGUUUAUGGAACAGUUUAUGGAACUUCCUGUUCCCACCUUUGGUGAAGAAGCCUGGCCUUGAAUCUUCCAAGACUGCUGAUACUACUAAAAUGCAGGGUAACAGAUCCUUGGGUUUAUCCAGCCUGUCAAAUGCAGACACUGGAAAGUCAGAUUCUAAUGAAAUUUAUCGUUUUGAAAUCUUGAGGAGUGAACUCAUGGAGCUAGAAAAACGAGUUCAAAGCAGCACUACAGACUCUGAAAGUGAAGAGGAAACUGAGUAUCCCAUUGCAGUUAGAGGUACUGAACUAAUUCAAGUGCAGAAGGAUGAGAGCUUAAUUGGAAAGUCAUUUGAAAAGCUGAAAGAGACGAGCACGGAUGUUUGGCAAGGCACUCAACUUCUAGCUAUUGAUGUUGCUGCUGCUGCGGGGCUCCUUAGAAGAGCAAUAAUAGGCGAUGAACUAACUGAAAAGGAGAAGAAGUAUCUUCGUAGAACCUGUACAGACAUGGCGUCAGUGGUUCCAAUUGGAGUUCUCAUGCUUCUUCCUGUCACUGCAGUCGGACAUGCAGCAAUGUUGGCAGCCAUCCAAAGAUAUGUACCAGCCUUGAUACCAUCACCAUAUGGGUCAGAAAGGCUGGAUCUACUGAGGCAGCUUGAGAAAGUAAAGCAGACCAGUGUUGAGGAUUCAAAGCUUGAGGAGAAUGUUGAGGAUUCAACCUGAAGCUGAAUUAUAUCAAUUAAUCCUUCUGACUGUUGAUACAAAAGGCAAAUACAUGUGAUUAACCUUAGUUUCUCUUGGUUCUAAAAUCUUUUGCCAGCAGCUGCGAGUAUAGAAGUUCAUUCCAUAUGUCUGGAACCCCAGGUAGACACCAAUGGCUACAGUCUUCUAUGAAGUGCUGUUCAGAAAGUGGCUCGCGAUGGAUCGAUGGGUGGCCAUCCAUUCUAAACUCAGACAGAUAUGUAAUAUUCAGAAAAUUGACCUUCAUCUCAUUGCCUUCCAUUUCUUUGACCACAUCUAGAACGUAUUGGUUGAAUGGCGGAUCUGCCUGCAGCUUCUUUUUGCUCGUCUCAGGGGCCAGGCUAUCUUUACAAGUACCUCCUGCAUCCCAUGUUCCAUUCCUGAGACACACAUUCUUGUAAAUUCAGAAACAUAGCUUCAUUAUUUUUAUUCAUGAUAAUGUUGUCGAAAGUAUUAAAGUAACAAUGUAAAAAGAAUCAAGUGCAGUGCCUGUAAUGAACUGGAGCAUAGCU